AGCUGAGGUCCUCUAUCUGAUUCCCAAACAGUCCAUGAUGGAGCAGCUGCCUUUCAUCAACCCCAAUGACUACAUCCUGUGUGAGAAGCUGGCCUCUGCAACUGCAGACAUGAGCAGCAUGCUACAUAAUCAUGACAACAGCCACACAUGUCCUCCAACGGGAAAGCGGGUCAUCAAGUGCUUCAGAUGUAGGGAGCCAUGUAAGGGAGAGGUACUGCGGGUCCAGUCCAGCUACUUCCACAUAAAGUGCUUCUCAUGCAAAGUGUGCGGCUGUGACCUGGCUCAGAGUGGCUUCUUCACAAAGAAUGGCGACUAUCUGUGCCCACUGGACUUCCAGAGGCUCCACGGCACGCUCUGCAGCGGCUGUGGGGAGUUUGUGGAGGGAGAGGUGGUCACAGUCUUGGGAAAGACGUACCACCCAGCAUGCUUUGUGUGCACGCACUGCAAGCAGCGCUUUCCUGCGGGGGAUUGUGUCACAUUUAGUGGGAAAGACUGCGUCUGUCAGCGCUGUAUUCGACCUAUGUCUCCAACUCCAAGCAACGUCAGCUAUCCCAGCAACUGCUCUGGCUGUGGCAGAGACAUAAAGAAUGGACAGGCGCUGUUAGCCAUGGCGGGUCAGUGGCACCUCGGCUGCUUCAAGUGUAAAGUCUGCAAGAAAGUGCUGAGCGGAGAAUAUAUUAGCAAAGAUGGCAAUCCAUACUGUGAGAGGGAUUACCAGAUUCAGUUUGGAGUACAGUGUCAUGCAUGUCAGAAGUUUAUUACUGGAAAAGUCUUAGAGGCAGGGCACAAACACUAUCACCCCAGCUGUGCCAGAUGCUGUCGGUGUGACAAAGUCUUUAAAGAAGGUGAAGAGAUGUUUCUGCAAGGGAAAACAAUUUGGCAUCCGAACUGUAGAGACUUCAGCAGCAGAGCAGAGGACAACUACAGGGCCAGCAAACAAAAAACAUCUUGUCUCAAUUUCUUUUACCCCUCACGUGAUCUGAAGCCAACAUCCUCAUCUGAAAGCUCGUCCUCCAGACCAGGCUCCUGCACCCCGGGGAGUCCUGGUCGGACUAUCUGUGCAAAAGUAGAUAAUGAGAUCAUUGAUUACCGAGACUUAGCGGCAAUUCCCAGAGUCAAGGCUAUAUACGAUAUAGAGCAUCCUGAUAUGAUAUCUUAUAAGAAUGUGAACGACACCUCCUCUACUUUGGACUACAAGGCCCACAAACAGGACAGGCAGAGCCCAGCAGAGUCUCCUGGAAAUGCAUCUGAAACCACUGAGGAGAGUUUAGAAAUGAGGACCUACAUACCAAAAUCUACAAGCCAUGGAUCUUUUGUAGCCCAAGCGAUGUACAACCGCCACAGCUACACUCCAACGCUGUCCAGAUCACCUCAACACUUCCACAGACCAGAGGAGGAGUUCAACAUGUACAGGAGACCUCCCAUUUAUAAACAGAAAGAUCCCAACUCCCCCUCAUCUCAAACACUGUCCCUGCCUGGAUAUGGUCGCAACAUGCUCAAUCCGCCAAGAUCAGCUGAUUUCUCCAGUUACAACAAUGACAGGUUCAGAGAGUAUAAGCUCCAUGAAGGUCAACAUCCAUUAACAUACAUGGACAGGGGAGUGUCCAUGCCUAAUUUGUUGGAACCACAAGUCUACCCAUAUGAAAUCCUCACUGUUGCUAACAGAGGAAGAGUGAAGCUUCCCAAGGAUGUUGACAGGACGAGACUCGAGUGCCACCUAUCCCGGGAUUCAUUCUUUGAGAUCUUUGGCAUGGACAUUCAAGAAUUUGACAAACUUCCACUUUGGAAACGAAAUGACAUGAAAAAAGCAGCAAAUCUCUUCUAAGUCACGUGUAAAGCAUGUUUUAACUCAUUGGGAAUAUGCAGUUCUGCAUUUGCCAUUAAAAAAGAAAUAUUUUGUUGAAAAAGAACCAGAUCAAUUGAUUCUCUUUGGAGACAACUUUUUUUUUCACUAUAGUCACAUAUUACUACUGUACACACUCUUAUGAAAUUAGUGUACCUCAAAGCAGAAAUGAACAUGAGAACUCAUCUUGGCUACCCACAGACUACGUUCACCCUGGAAAGUUUUCCUUUAUGUUGCUCACUUCACAUUUUAAAUCCAUGUCGUAAAGUAAGUUACUUUAUCCUUCAAUAAUUAAUUUCUUUAACACUGCCCAUACCUGAUAUAUGGUAGUAAAAUAAGGUUAAAUAUAAUACUGUCAUUAUUCUGAUUAAAAGAUGUUUCUCUCAAGAACUGGAUGCAUUUAACUUUAUCCUGAUCACCACUUUCUUACAUUUCUUUUUUCUUGCUCCAUUUGUAUUCAGAUAUCUUUUAGCAUCAAACUGGGAAAUUUAAUUUUGUACUUCUGUUGCCUAACCAUCCCUGAAAUGUGCUUUUGGACUGUCAAAAGACACUUAUGUUUCUUAAAUGUUUUGCUCAAACUUAGCUGUGUUAGCCAUCACUGUAUAUGUUGUGUCCACACUGGUAUACUAUUGCAACACCUCAAGCGCCCUCAAUAAAG